ACACCAGCGACAUUGUUCUUUUAUGAUACCCCGGAGGCAGAUUGAUAAUGCAUUAAUCUUUUCUAACUACCUAGCUAUCAUUCGUUCUUGAUUUUGAUACCUACCUGCGGAGAGAGAAAUUUUAACGCCAUCGAAAACAACUAGACGACCUCAACUACCAAAAUGGCCGAACCCCCUGCAAAACGUGCCCGUCGUAUUGACAGCUCUACAAUGUGGGAUUUGAAUGAUGAUCGGACACUUGAAGGGAACUCUGAAUUAGACAGAAGCCCAAGGAGGGAUGAUGGGCGACGCGACGGCCCGCGCGACGACCGGCGAUACCGCUCCCGUUCGAGAGAUCGAAGAGAAAGACGCCGGGAGAGGAGUAGGUCUAGAGACCGUCGUGAUCGCGAUCGUGAUAGGAGGGAUCAUAGAGAUAGUCGGGGUGCGAGAGAUAGGGAGAGGAGCGUGAGCAGAGACAAAUACGAGAGACGAGGAUACCCAUCGAAAGGAGAGAGACUACGUGAGCGCUCCCGCUCGCCCCGAAAGAACACCAGAGACCGAUCCAGAACGCCGCCUCGAGGACCCAGGACAGACCGUCGGAACGAUCGAAGAGAUCCUCGGUCACAACGGGACGGAACACCGGCUUCUCACAAACCGUCGAAGGAUGAAAUGGACAUGGACGUUGAUGAGGUGGCCAACGGGGACGAUCUCGAUGAUGUUAUGCGCAAAUACAUGGGUUUCAGCCGGUUCAGGAGUACGAAGAACACGAAGGUUCCCGGAAACGACGUCUACGGCGUACGGAAGGAGAAGAAGACAGAGUACAGACAGUACAUGAACCGUUCAGGGGGGUUCAACCGGCCGCUCAGCCCUUGACGUUACACGACGUCCGCGUUGUGUUAUUCCACAUCUAAUCAUUCGAACAUUUUGCGAAUCCUGUGUUAUUACAACAAGUGCAUGCAUUAUCGGAGCAAGGUUUUGUCGGCUUUUCCAGUUUUUUCAUGUUUUCUCUUCCAUAGGGACGGUCGAGCAAUUCUUUAGAGUCUAUCCUGUCUCAAACAAGUUAACCGAACGAUAUUUCUAUAUUCAUGUAGCUAAGGAAUUCAUCCCAGUA